GGCGCGUGCGAACACGAGUGUGACACACGGACUGAGUGCCGCGCGCCUGCAGCGGGAUUCCCACAGGAAAAGACACGGCAGGAGUAAUUCAAAAGAACGGAUGUGCGCUUCUCCCGUGGCUUAAAGACCUCCACGGUGUUUAUUAAAUGGAAGUCCUCUAUAAAUCUAAACUGCCGCCUGCUAUGGACUACGGAGCUGGCGUUUUUCUCUUCGUCGUAGCGGUGCUGUCCUUCAUUGGGAACAUCUUGGUCCUAGUAACAGCCAUCAGGAGAGCCACCAAGCUCAAGCCCCCGGAACUCCUUAGCGUGAACCUUGCAGUUACCGACCUGGGAGCAGCGGUCACCAUGUAUCCUCUGGCCAUUGCUUCCGCCUUCAAUCACGGAUGGCUGGGUGGAGACGCCACCUGUCUUUACUAUGGCCUCAUGGGCUUCUUCUUUGGUGUGGCCAGCAUGAUGACCCUGACAGUCAUGUCAGUGGUACGGUUCAUCAUCUCCUUGAGCUUGCAGAGCCCCAAGGAGAAGAUCAGCAAGGGCAGAAUACAGCUCCUGAUCAUGGGCACAUGGGUGUGUGCACUCUUAUGGGCCGUGUUCCCUCUGCUCGGUUGGGGGAAGUAUGGCCCUGAACCCUUCGGCACGUCCUGCACUUUAGCCUGGAGCGAAAUGAAGGAGAAUGGCUUUUCCUUUGUCAUCACCAUGUUCCUGAUAAACCUGCUCAUACCUGCCACCAUCAUUGUUGGAUGCUAUUCUGGACUGGCACUAAAGCUUCACGCUGCUUACAAGUCUAUUAACAACAGCAACCAAAUCCCCAAUAUAUUGAAAAUGCAUCGCAAGUUAUUGAUCAUUGCUGUCCUCAUCAGCAUGGGCUUCAUCGGGUGCUGGACACCUUACGCCGCAGUCAGCCUCUGGUCAGUUUUCCGCUCCAGUGAAUCCAUCCCCCCCGAGGUCAGCGUGCUCCCGUGUCUGUUUGCCAAGUCCUCAACGGUAUACAACCCACUGGUCUACUACCUUUUCAGCAAAACAUUCAAGAGGGAGGUCAGACAGCUGAAAUGGACUUGCGGAAGGUCUAAAGCCUCUAAUGAGCCAGACUCAAACCACACUGUGGAAAAUGCCAACCACGCUCCAUGUGAUGGACAACGGCAAAACAUUCCCACUGUGAAUCAAUCACCAAGGAUGCAAACAGAAGCUGAGAUUAAGGUAUACACCAUGGAGUGUCUGUAG